CGGGGAAAUAUCGGCGUCGUUUCCACACAAAAGCGAAAACAUAAUCCAACAAGAAGGUGCAACGGACUCAAAAUCUGUACUCUUUGUUUGCAAAAAUUCACGAUGCACAAACCCAACACAAUCCGCGACGAAAACGAUAACAAGACGACGACGAUGACGACUAUAUUUUAGCUACCAGAAGAAAAACCCAGUACUCAGUCAACUGAUUCUCGUCGUUGACGAUGGAUCUCGGGGGUCCGACUCAGCCUCGACUCGUGGGGGACUACAUACUGGGUCCUAAAAUUGGGUCGGGUUCGUUUGCGGUUGUGUGGAGGUCGACGCAUAGGCAACUGGGUAUGGAGGUUGCGGUGAAGGAGAUUGAUAAGAAAUUGUUAAGCUCUAAAGUCAGUGAAAAUCUGCUCAAGGAAAUUUCGAUUCUGAGCACCAUUGAUCACCCCAACAUUAUCCGCCUGUUCGAGGCAAUUGAGAAUGAGGAUAAGAUAUACCUAGUGUUGGAGUAUUGUGAUGGUGGUGAUCUUGGGGAUUACAUACGUCGCCAUGGGAAAGUCUCAGAGCAUGUUGCCAGGCAUUUCAUGAGGCAAUUGGCUGCAGGAUUGCAGGUGCUUCAAGAAAAACAUCUUAUUCACAGGGAUUUAAAGCCACAGAACUUACUCCUGUCAACCAAAGAUGUAACUCCAGUACUGAAAAUUGGAGACUUUGGCUUUGCAAGAUCCCUGACUCCUCAAGACUUGGCUGAUACCCUAUGCGGUUCACCAUUGUACAUGGCUCCAGAGAUUAUACAGAAUCAGAAGUAUGAUGCUAAGGCGGACUUGUGGAGUGUAGGUGCAAUAUUGUUUCAACUGGUGACAGGGAAGCCACCUUUUGAUGGCAAUAAUCAAUUGCAGCUUUUCCAGAAAAUUUUGGCAUCCACUGAACUGCAGUUUCCAGAAGGUGCCUUAGGCGAACUACAUCCAGACUGUGUUGCUCUUUGCAGAAGUCUUUUACGUCGAAACCCUGUUGAGCGCCUGACAUUUAAAGAAUUCUUCAGUCACAAGUUCUUGGUGGAGUCAAGGCAGACGGCAAAUGUCGAGAUGCCACUUCCUCAAUCAAAAGUAAUGGUAGAGCAGUUUGAUUCUUCUCUCUCUGAGAAAAGACCCCAGCUGCAUUCUGGGUAUCCUGUGAAGUCUUCUAGCAGGAAACUAAAAUCAUCCAGUACCACUGUGAAUGAUGCAGUAUCAUGUAGUUCAUCCAGCAUGAAAGGUGCCUGUGGUAAAUUUUCAAUAGAUCAACCUAGAGUUACUGAUUCAAUGGAGUCAAUUGAGAGAGACUAUGUUCUUGUCAACCCUCAUUAUGGUUCAACAGAGACAUUUUCCUAUCACCUUGAGACAUCAGUGCAAGAUUCUACUGGACUUUCCAACUGCCAAGCAAAGAAGAAUGAACAGGAAUCAGAAGGUGUUGUGCAAAAAAGGCAGUUCACUGGUCUACAUGUUCAUGGACUGGACUCACCAUCAACAUCAUCUGAAGCAACCAUUUCAAGGGAACUGCAAGGACUUAGCAUCCAGGGUCCCUCAACUAGACUCCACCUGUUACAUCAGUAUGUUCAUGCUCUCACGGAAUUAGCUCAUGAAAAGUAUAAUGCAGGUCUGUUUCUAGAAUCAUUCUCAGUGGAACUUGUCAUUUUAGCUAUAUGGAAGAAAGCUCAUCAGAUUUGUAGCUCCUGGAUGGCCUCCACUGGGUAUAGUGAACCUGGAAUUAAUUCAGCCAUUGAACAAACAGGUGCACAGUAUUUUGCAGGCUUGCCUUCAAAUUCAGAAUCUACUAUUAACUUCACCAGUCCGUCAUCUGCUUGCACAUGGGCUGAAGAAGGUUUUGUCACUGCAUUUCAUCGUACGGAGAAGCAAUCAUACCAUCUCCAAGAUAUGGAUGCUUCUGCUGAGAUGCCUGAUGCCAUGGACAUUAUAUAUCAGAGGGCACUUGCUAUUGGGAAAAGUGGUGCUGUAGACGAGUACAUGGGAAACAGAGAUAGUGCGGUGGCAGCCUACUCUAAAGCAAAGCUUCUGCUUUCAUUCAUUGUGGGAGAAGCGAUGAAUCUCCCGUUGAACCCACCAUUUUCCUUGACUCCAACCAAUGAAAAGCUAAUCCAGAGCUACAUCAAAAACUUGCAGUCUCGUCAGUCUAACUCUCAAAUGCCAGUGCAAUCUCCCAAGCAAUCCACAAACUUCGGAACCUAGUAAAUAUAACAGGUUGUGUACAGAAAUUUUCAGGAGCACCUCUGUGACCAAGGCAGGAUAUCAUGGUUGAGUGCGGCAAUACUUUAAGCAUGUCUGUUGACGAGUAUAUACAAAAGGAGCUGUGUGGUGAUGACAUUAUAACACACUUAUUAUCUGAUGUAUAGAUAGCAUACUACUUGGAAUCUAUCUAGAAGAGAAUGACCCUGCACAGGAGUUUGAGUACAAGAAAAGAAAAAUUCGACUAUUCUUUCUCUUCGUGGAAUGUAAAAUAAAAAAUAGGCAAUGUAAUCUGCACGAUUUUUAAAAUU